AUGGCUGUACUCCAGUGGCCAAGCGUGCCGAAUCUGGAAGCGGACGGCGAAGUCAAGUUUCCAGGCGUGCUGGUAUUGAAACCUGAGGGAAAGCACCAACAGAAUCAGGGAAGGCUCCUAUCUCAACAGAGCAGUCUCGAAUCUGAAUAUCCAGACGGUGGCAGUCGUCUUGACCCCAAGCUGGACCUUGGAUACCACCACGUUGCCAAUAGCUGCAACCACGCCGAUCUUCACCAACACGUCGACGGCAUCGUCGACGUUGACCUGGACUUCGCCUUCAGCCUUGACCUCGGCGCCAAAGUCAACGAGGACCUUGACUUGAACGUCGGAUUGCCAGUCGUCAACGCGGGCGAGACCCUGGUUCUGACAGAGAACAAUUACAACGCGGCCCCCGGUCUGCAGCAGGACGAGACCACUCUGGCGUCAGUGCUCCUCUCACCCCUCCAGCAGCUUCCGUUCACGACGACAACGAGCGAGGCGCACAUAGGCUCCAUUGCGGGAGGAGAAGCAGUCCAAAGUGGUGCGUUUGCACCUGCCUCGAAAACUGCUACAUUUGCAUCUGCGUUGCCCAGUGCUAGACUUGAGCAACGUCACGGUUUUGCUGGUUGUGGUCCCGCAGUCGAUGACCCACUUUUGUCAUUGCUGGGCCCGGCCGCAGGAGCAGCAGCAGGACCGUCGGCAGACGUGCACUUGCCGAAUUCCAUUUCAUCCACGUCCAGCCCCAGCAGCAUCAGCACCGAUUCCACCAGUUCCAGUUCCCGCUCCCGUUCCAUCCUCGCAGCUUCAUCAGGGGAAACACCACUCUCGCACUCCUCUCUGCUGGCCUCACCCCCCCUCCACCCGCAUCCGCACCCGCACCCGCACACGCACACGCACACGCACACGCACCCGCAUCCACGCCACCUGAACAAUCCUCUUACACAUCAGCAGCACCAGAACCCCCAGAAGCUCCAGCAGCAGCACUCCCCCUACCCAGCUGGAGGAGCCCACCGUCAGCGCCGCCGCCAGUUCCCGUGCCCUCCGCCAGCGCCGCCGCCGCCAGGGACACAGCAGGAGACACAGCCAGACGUUGCGCCUGGGCCGCCUCUAGAGCGAGCAGCACCUCUGCCGCUGCCAGUGCCAGUGCCGCGCCUGUUCCCUCCUGGUGGCCCUCUACCUCCUAUUACUACGACUCGACCAGAGAAAUUCGUCGACGACUCUCUUCACCACUUCUCUUACGACUCCAUCGCAGCUCCCGCUUCAUGGUCGCCCAUGGAUGUCGACAUGUCAUCCACCGACCAGUCGGCCCAGCAGCCGCAACAGCAGCAGCAGCAGCAGCCGCAACCGCCGCAAAAGUCCGAAUCGCCAUCCCAGUCUGCUGGCGGAAGUUCCAAUGCCGCCAACACAAGCCCCAACGCCCAAGGCAGCUCUGCUGCUGCUGCCGCCGCCGCCGCUGCCGCUGCCGCGGCGAACCACAUGAGUUUUCGCAGGUUCGUCCUUCACCACCAACCUCCGCCCUGGUGA